AUGCGUCGGCUAGCGUCGCUGCGGAAUCGAGUGCAGCCGCUUCUGUUCGAGCUGCACGACCAACUCGUCGUGCCCCGUGACGUCCGGGGCUCCGAAAGUGACGCGACAGAGCGCGCCCUCGCCUACCUCGGGCGCCCCAAGAGAAGUGUCAGUCGCUUCUGGUCCGAGAAGGCGUGGCUGCUUCUGGACGCACUCCAGAUCUACGGCCUUGUAUGGCAGCUGGCCCAGUCGUGGCCGUGGCCAUCGGCAUGGCUCGCGUCGACGCGCUGGAUCGUAGCGUUCAACCUCGAUGUGCUGAGCUUCCUGCCCACGGGCGCUGGCAUGGGCAUGAAGGCUCCGCCCUUCUCUCUUUGGGGCGAACUGCAUGGGUCCUACUGGCUGUACGCACUCGUGUAUGCACUGCUGCCGUAUGCGGCCAUGCUGUACUACAUCGUGCGGGCUCGGCACUGGCGGGUGCGAGGGGACGCGCUCUUCCUCGUCUUUGCCGCCCGCCUUGAGAACCGGCUCCUGCGGCUUUUUCAGGUCCUGUACCUGCCGAUCGCGCUCGCGCUUAGUCGUCUCGUCAACUGCAUGGCGGUGCCCAAUCCUCUGGACGUCCACGCCUCGGACAUUGUGCUCAGCGUGGACCCGACGGUCAAGUGUCACAGCUCCCUCCACAUCACCUUGGGCGUUGGCAUUGGUGCUCUCUUGGGGCUUCCGUUUCUCUUCGGGUUCCCAUGGUUUUUAUAUCGGCGGAUACACUGCGCCGGCAUGGCGUGCAGCGACGACGGCCACGAAGAAACUGUCGCUGCGAUCGAGCUGAGCUACCUCGUGGGCAUCUCGGACGACUAUGAGCUCUUGUACGUGCCACAGUACGCGUCGUACACACGGCGACGCGCGAGCCUACCCGUGUACAUGUGUCUGUACAAGCUCAGUCUCCUUCUCGUCUUUUCUGUGCUGCGGUCGCAGUUUCCAAACAUCGAGAACCAGCCACUGCAAGGCACGCUUUUCUUUACUCUACUCACGCUGCGCUUCCUCCUUCAAAGCUACGACUACCCGUACCGCCUCUCGUCGACCAACCACGUGAUGGUGUUUUUGGAUUUGGUGUUGAUUUUCGACGGCGUCAUGGUGUUCUUGUCGGCCAAUAACGUCCGCAGCGCGCUCACCGUCGCGUCGGUCAAGGUGCUCUGCCUCACCUUUGUACAUACGUGGGCCAUCGUCGUGCUGAGUGUGUGGUGCGUCCUCCUCUUCCUCGCGUGGCGGCGCAUGCAAGUGACGUGGCCGACGCAUCUUCGCAUGCGCGCGCUCGAGCUACUGCACAAGGACUAUGCGUCGCCGACGUUGGUCAAGCCGACGGUCGAGCUCGGUGCUAUGGCGACGGCGCUCCAGGCCCAUGCCUCUGACGCGUUGCGCUUGCGUCACCUCUUGCACCGCUCACUGCACGACUUGGCCUUGCACGUGCAAGCCGCAUACGUCGAGUCAGCCGCCACGUCGGCGAUGCCGUCGUCGCUCCUCGACAGCUGCGUCGACAGCUUUGCCUCGGAGCUCGAGCGCUACCAGGAAAAACAUGCAAUUUUGCACCCACGCAAGCGAGACGCGCUCUUCAAGCUACGUGUGCUCCACACACUUGUCGACGAACACAGCGGCAAGCCAACGUCGAAGGAGCUCUCCACCCCAUCUUUCUCAGCACCAAGCAUGCGCCGCGCCCCACUGGAUGACAUGCUCGUGGCCACGGACCCCGCACUCUACGUCUGGUUCAGCUGGGAUCCGUCCAUGUCGCUGCUGGUGGCCACCUGCGGUGCGCCGACGCCGACACUCUUGUCCGUGCGGUGGUACCUGGCACUGUACCACACAACGCUGCACAUGGGUUGCAUCGCGACGGUCACAUCCAUCGAUGUGGCCACGCUGUGGGUCCACCUUGACGUCCUCCUUUGCUUUGAACACGCAGCGCCGUGCGUUCGCAGUGGCUGGCUCUGCUUGAGGCAGGUGCCGUCGCCCGUCAACGCGACCUUGUUGCAAUGCAACGACCCGGAUACCCACCACAUCUUUGCGAGUCUACCGCAGCACACGCCGACGCCAAGCGCCGUCUCCGUGGCCCGAUUGCAAUCGCUCUUGGAGCGUCCUAUCGAGAGAGCGGCCGAGCGUGUCGUCGACUGGCAAGACGUCUUGUACGAAUGGGAGGUCGCGUUCGUGUACUUCGAGAAGCGGCGCCCGUCGAGCUCGGAUCGGGCCAAGGUUCAAGCGUGGUUUCGAGCCUACCACAGCGCGCGGUGCGCUGCCAAAGCCGCGACAACGAGUGCUAUUUGA